AUGAGUUCUGACUGGAAUAGACAGGCGUGGCCAUAUCAGACGGCGGAGACUAUGCCAAAACAACCACGGCCCAUCAAAGCCCCUCCACCGGAAGAAUCGACUUCCUUCUUUUCUACAGAUUUCGCAGAUCAGAAACACUAUGGCGGUGGGGAUGGUUAUUCGGCUGCCGACUCAGAUCUACAUCAUGGCACAAUAGACCCGUCGCAAAUGCCAUAUGGGUCAGGUCUCAGGCACGUAUCCGAACAUAAUCCAUUAAGCAUCGGCCCGCCGCAGCAUCACCAGCAUCAACCGUUACAACCCAUGCCUCAUACCUCGCACCAACCUGCUCAUACCCUGCAACAACAUCCGCCAACCCAGACGACACCACAGGCACAGAAUGCUGCACCGCCGGCGCCCCAGGCACCACAGGCACCAGCUCCCAAAACACCUACGCAACCGAAUCCGAAGAAGAGGCAGAGGUCUACCGGUGGGUCGAAAUCUGGGGCAUCUGCAGCUGGGGGUUCGGCCGAUCCUGGGCCUUCAGGCUCGCCUCCGAAACGUUCGAGGACAAAUACCGCGUGGACACAGCAAGAGGAGCAAUUGCUGAAGCAGAUGAGAGACCAGGGCUCUACGUGGAGCGAAAUCGCGAAAUCUUUCCCGUCAAGAACAGAAGGAAGCGUGAAAAAACACUGGUAUAAGGACAUGCACUGGGCAGAAUUUAAGGAGGAAGAGAGCGCUCAAUUAUUAGCGGCGAUCAAAGAAUACGACGCGAACAAGUGGAAGUUUAUUGGACAGAAAUUAGGUAAACCUGCCAAGGCUUGUGAGGCUCAUUGGAAAGAGAAGCUGGGCGGGAGAUAG